CAUCAUCCCGUCUUCGUACUCAUCAGCGCUUGUUUCCCGCGGUUUGUUUGGUUUUCUAUAUGGCCACUCAUAAGAAUUGAGCAUUUAUUAGCUAAGUAAAAUACCAUUCCAAAUUGAGGAUGAACUUCCUGUGUUGUGGGAAAUUCGAAGAUUGGAAAAGAGAGAGGAGGAGGAAGAGAGAGAGUAUUUGGAGGCUGUUCUCACUCAAAGAGCUCAAAUCAGCAACAAACAACUUCAAUUACGAUAAUAAGUUGGGAGAAGGCGGAUUUGGGAGUGUUUAUUGGGGGCAACUCUGGGAUGGAUCUCAGAUUGCUGUCAAGAGGUUGAAGGAAUGGAGCAACAAAGCUGAGUUACAAUUUUCUGCCGAGGUCGAGAUAUUGGCUAGAGUGAGACAUAAAAAUCUUCUAGGUUUACGUGGAUAUUGCACUGAAGGCCAAGAACGCCUCAUAGUCUACGGUUUCAUGCCCAAUUUGAGCUUGUUAUCGCAUCUCCAUGGACAACAUGCAUCCAAACGCCUUCUUGACUGGGAAAAGAGGAUUAAUAUCGCAAUUGGUUCAGCUGAGGGUAUUGCUUAUCUACACCACCAUGCAACACCUCAUAUCAUACACAGAGAUAUCAAAGUAAGCAAUGUCCUUCUAGAUUCACAGUUUCAGGCAAGAGUUGCUGAUUUCGGGUUCGCAAAGCUGAUCCCCGAUGGUGCAACUCACGUGACCACAAGAGUAAAAGGAACACUUGGAUAUCUAGCACCUGAAUAUGCCAUGUUUGGCAAAGCCUCAGAAAGCUGUGAUGUUUACAGUUUUGGCAUACUCCUUCUCGAGCUCGCCAGUGGUAAGAAACCCAUAGAGAAGCUGAGAUCAAAGGUUAAGAGAUCAAUAUCAGAUUGGGCACUUCCAUUAGCUAAGGAGAAGAAGUUUAAAGAAAUGGCAGAUAACAAAUUAAAUGGGAGUUAUGUGGAGGAUGAAUUGAGGAGGAUGGUGAUUAUAGGGCUUAUAUGUGCACAGAGUAGACCUGAGAAGAGACCAACGAUGCUCGAGAUUGUAUCUCUACUGAAAGGAGAGUCCAACGAGAAGAUGUCCGAGUUGGAGAAUGAUGAGAUGUUCUGGCAAGAAAAUACUGAAGAGCAGAAUACUGAAGGGAAUUUAAAAGAGGAAGUUGAUGCAGCCAUCAAAGAAGUAGAAGCAAGAAAAUGCUAGCUACACCAUAUAAUACCAAAAAUCCAUGUUAAUUGUGAAUAACAUUAGAUGAGCACAAAUUUGUAUUUUUGGCGUUUACAAACUGUUAUUGAGAUUAUUUUGGUCUUUGUUACUGUGGGAGUUUGCAGCUUCUUGUUAACCAGUAUUAAAAUAUGUAAGGUUCAAGGAUGACGCAUCGAUCCUUCGGUAUCUGAUGGCUUUAAUAUGGAGUGA